UAUUUUAAUACACUUCCAGCGUUGCUAGUGGGGGAGGGGAUGUCCAGACUGCCAGUUGGUCUGAGGCACACUGUCGUACUUUGGACUAAACAGGGUUUUUUACUGGACACUCUCACCGUGGGCCAAUUUUUAAAAAAACCACUAAAAGAGGGUGUGAGCGGAAUGUCCGUGGAUGAGAAGCCUGAAGACCCCAUGUACGUGUAUGAGUCGACGGUUCAUUGUACCAACAUCCUCCUCUGUCUCAAUGACCAGCGGAAGCAGGAUAUCCUGUGCGAUGUGACCGUCCUGGUGGAGGGCAAAGAGUUCAGAGGGCACCGGGCUGUACUGGCUGCCUGCAGCGAGUAUUUCCUCCAGGCAUUGGUGGGCCAAGUGGAGAAUGGUUUGGUUGUUAGCCUUCCAGAAGAGGUUACUGCGAGGGGAUUUGCCCCUUUGUUGCAGUUUGCCUACACUGCUAAGCUGUUGCUCAACAGAGAAAACAUCCAGGAGGUCAUUCGCUGUGCUGAAUUCCUGCGGAUGCAUAACCUCGAAGACUCGUGCUUUCGCUUUCUGGAGGCUCAGCUACGCAGAGAAGACGACAGCUUGUUGUUUUGCCACAAGGGAGCAGCAGAGGCAAUCAACUCAAAAGAUGAAAGCAUGCAGUCAGAGACGGAAAGGCCCACUUCCCCUACGGCACAGCAUUGUGCCAACACCCUCACCUCCUUCCAACACCCUGAUGAUGACGACAGGCAAGCAAUGACGAUGCCCGGUAACUUCACAGACAGCCGGCUGAGCUUUGAUCGGCACGGAGCAUCGGACCUGCCGCGAUGCCCCAAGUACAGGAAGUAUCAGUGGGCUUGCAACAAGCACAACGACAUCUCUUCACACACCAGUACCUCAGGUUUUUCAAGCACAUUUAAGGAGAGCAGCGUUAGUGGGAGCGUGCCAGGUCAGGACAGGCUGCCUGUGGCCCAGAUCAAAGUGGAACCACAGGCAGAGGAGGAGACCGUUUCAUUGUGCCUGUCGGGGGAAGAGCAGGAUAAUGAAGACACAGACGGUGUGACAGCCAUGGAAAUGGAUAACCCCGUAUCUUUGGAAAAAUCCAAGAGAACAAAAUCUCCAUCCUGCCUCCAAGCUUUUUUCAAAAAAGGAGUAGAUGUGCCCAGCCUGUCCAACACUUCACAGCAGCUAAUCACAAACAGACUUGUUUGCCCCCAGGACAAUGGAAACUCUCAGGGAGAUCAUAAAAAAGACUUACGGCCUUUCACUGGGGAGCUGGACUUGCCUGUAACAUCCCCAAAGGAGCUUGACAACUUUCCUUCCUGUGAUGGGGUCUGCAAACAGGAAGUUGAGCUAGACCGCCGUAGCAGCGUCAUAUUUUCUUCAGGGGCCUGUAACCGUUUGGGAACACCAGUGCAUUCGUUUCCCAGUGGAAACUCCUUGGAGAUGGAGCUCUCCGAGCAAGUGACAAAGGGCCUGUGGGCCGGAGCUAGCCAGUCCCUCCCUAACUCCCAGCCCUACUCUCCCAGCACCGCUUCAUCUGAGCCCUCAGUCUUGUGCCGUGCACGGCCCAUCACCAGCUGUCCAGUGCCAAUCAAAGUGUGCCCACGCUCACCACCCUGUGAUGCACGAACCAGAACUUCCAGCUCCUGUUCGUCUUACUCUUACGCAGAGGACGGCAGUGGAGGCUCCCCCUGCAGCCUGCCCCAAUUUGAAUUCUCCUCUUCGCCGUGCUCCAACAUGGCACGGUGUGUCAACAUGGACCAGCAAGAGCAAAGUGUGGGAAGUGAGGCCCUGUUCAGCCAGGUGCGGCCCAAGAUUAAAUGCGAGCAGUCCUACGUCACCAACUCAAGUGACGAGUCGGGUUCCUUCUCAGAGGGAGACAGCGAGUCCUGCCAUGUUCAGGACCCAGGAUCAGAGGUGAAGCUUCCUUUCCCAAUUGAUCAAAUCACAAAUCUUCCACGGAAUGACUUCCAGAUGUUGGUAAAAAUGCACAAACUCACSUCGGAGCAGCUCGAGUUCAUCCACGACGUGAGGCGACGGAGUAAAAACCGCAUCGCAGCGCAGCGCUGCCGCAAGAGGAAGCUGGAYUGCAUUCUGAACCUGGAGUGUGAGAUCAGGAAACUGGUCUGUGAGAAAGAGAAGUUGCUGACUGAGAGGAACCAACUGAAGGCCUGUAUGGGCGAGUUGUGGGAGAACUUCUCCUGCUUGUCUCAAGAGGUGUGCCGGGAUGUCCAUCUGAGCCCAGAACAGGUACAGUCCCUCCACCAUUACUGCCCCGUGCUGCGGCCCUCCAAUUCCACUGCCAAUGAGUCRAGACCCUCCCUCAGCAUCCCUGCCACCAGCAGCAUUGACCUCACCACCCACUCUGGCUCAGCCACUCCAGAACCCAUCUUCCAUGGGUCCCCCAGCUCGUCAGAGAACCAGCCUAAUGGGGCUGAUGGAGUUCCAGAUGCUCAGGACACCAGCUUGUACUCAGCAUCAGAGUUGUCUGUGGAAAUCUCCAACCAGACAGUAACAGUGGAUUUUUGCCAGGAAAUGACAGACAAAUGUACAACUGACGAGCAGCCAAGGAAGGACUGUACCAAGUAGAGAUGGUUUGAUUUCUGUUUGUGUUGAAUGUUUUUGUAUUAUUUAAUUUGACACUUCUGACAAACCCUUCCUCUGGGUUGUGAGAUGUUCAGCCUCUGCCAGUGUUCACUCAGAAACAAGCUUUGUUUUGAUGUCUUUUGUGCUUUUUUUUUACUCUUUUAGUUUUGUUUUUGUUUGAAUGGUCGACACUAAUGUUGUCUUAAUAGCAGCAAUACUGUUCUACAGGCGUUCUCCUUUUAACAUGACAGAGUGGGAACCUCUCACCAAACCUUUCCAAUGGUGCUAUACUCACCCCAGCAGUAACCUCUACAGUGGAGACUCUGUCAUUCAUGUGUCACAAAUCAAAGUGAAACCUCAUUGGACCUAAA